CCGCCCGGCCUCGGCAUGUCAGGCAGCCGGCAGCCGCCGCAGCCGCACCCCCCGGCCGGGCAGGGCGNGCCUCAACACGAGACUAGCGCGUCUGUGCUGGUGGCGGCCGCCGUCUCGGGCUCCGGGGCUGCGGCCUCUGGGCUUUCCCGGUUGGCGGGGGCGGUUAGGCCCGGCGGCAGCGGCGGCGGCUCCUCGUCUGGCGGCGGCGGCGGGAGCAGGAAGAGGCCGCUGCUAACCCCGCUCUGCAACGGGCUCCUCAACUCGUACGAGGACAAGAGCAACGACUUCGUGUGCCCCAUCUGUUUUGAUAUGAUUGAAGAAGCAUACAUGACGAAAUGUGGACACAGUUUCUGCUAUAAAUGUAUUCAUCAGAGUCUGGAGGAUAACAACAGAUGCCCCAAAUGUAACUAUGUGGUUGAUAACAUAGAUCAUCUUUACCCCAACUUUUUAGUGAAUGAGCUCAUCCUCAAACAGAAGCAAAGAUUUGAGGAAAAGCGAUUCAAACUGGACCAUUCAGUGAGUAGCACCAAUGGACACAGAUGGCAGAUAUUUCAAGACUUAAUGGGAACUGAUCAAGAUAACCUUGACUUGGCCAAUGUUAACUUGAUGUUGGAGCUGCUUGUGCAAAAGAAGAAGCAGCUGGAGGCAGAGUCCCAUGCUGCCCAACUACAGAUCCUUAUGGAAUUCCUCAAGGUUGCCAGGAGAAAUAAAAGAGAGCAACUGGAGCAGAUCCAGAAAGAGCUAAGUGUUCUGGAAGAGGAUAUUAAACGAGUGGAGGAAAUGAGUGGCUUAUAUUCCCCAGUCAGUGAGGAUAGUACGGUGCCUCAGUUCGAAGCCCCCUCGCCUUCAAACAGUAAUAUUAUUGAUUCCACGGAGUACAGCCAGCCUCCAGGAUUCAGUGGCAGUUCUCAGACUAAAAAACAGCCAUGGUAUAACAGCACGUUGGCAUCAAGGCGGAAGAGGCUUACAGCUCAUUUUGAGGACUUGGAGCAGUGCUAUUUUUCUACCAGGAUGACUCGUGUAUCAGAUGACAGCAGAACCACAAGCCAGCUGGAUGAAUUUCAGGAGUGCCUAUCCAAGUUCACUCGCUACAAUUCCGUCCGACCUUUGGCAACACUGUCUUAUGCUAGCGAUCUCUAUAAUGGCUCCAGCAUAGUAUCCAGUAUCGAAUUCGACCGGGACUGUGACUAUUUUGCUAUUGCCGGGGUGACGAAGAAGAUUAAAGUCUACGAGUAUGGCACUGUCAUUCAGGACGCAGUGGACAUUCAUUACCCUGAGAAUGAAAUGACCUGUAAUUCCAAAAUCAGCUGUAUCAGCUGGAGUAGCUACCACAAGAACCUGUUAGCCAGCAGUGACUAUGAAGGCACCGUCAUCCUGUGGGAUGGGUUCACAGGACAGAGGUCAAAGGUCUACCAGGAGCAUGAGAAAAGAUGCUGGAGUGUUGACUUUAACUUGAUGGACCCUAAACUACUGGCUUCAGGCUCUGAUGAUGCAAAAGUGAAGCUGUGGUCUACGAACCUGGAUAAUUCAGUUGCAAGUAUUGAGGCCAAGGCUAAUGUGUGUUGUGUCAAAUUCAGCCCCUCUUCUAGAUACCAUCUGGCUUUUGGCUGUGCAGAUCACUGUGUUCACUACUAUGAUCUUCGCAACACUAAGCAGCCAAUCAUGGUGUUCAAAGGGCAUCGCAAGGCAGUCUCCUAUGCAAAGUUUGUGAGUGGAGAAGAAAUUGUCUCUGCGUCAACAGACAGUCAGCUGAAGCUGUGGAAUGUAGGGAAACCACACUGUCUGCGCUCUUUCAAGGGUCACAUCAAUGAGAAGAAUUUUGUAGGCCUGGCGUCCAAUGGAGACUACAUUGCCUGUGGAAGCGAAAAUAACUCCCUCUACCUGUACUACAAGGGCCUCUCAAAGACACUUCUGACUUUCAAAUUUGACACAGUCAAAAGCGUCCUGGACAAGGACCGGAAAGAGGAUGAUACAAAUGAGUUUGUCAGUGCUGUGUGCUGGAGGGCACUGCCAGAUGGGUAUUUCCAGAGCUGCAAGAGGAAUCGCCCCCCUUCAAGUAGCCCUGCUGGAAUGAAACAAUUCCCGUUGCUAUUCGCAGUCGUGCAGCAGCUUAACACAAUAGAGCACUGGUUCUGAUCCUGAGAAGCAAGC